AUGAGCGAACCAGUUAACAGCCAUUCCAUGGGUAUGGACAACCAAUAAGUUUCAUUUUAACAUCAUUUAUAAUACUAUAGAGUUCUAAACAUGACUUUCUAAUUAUUCUUAUUGAUAAACCCCACGAAAACAAAGCGCCGACCUUAGCCACGGGGAAUGUAUUCACGGGGCUCAAAAAAUCCUCCCGUUAUUAUCAUCACAUUAGCUAUACCGUUCCGAUAGCGAAUAUGUAAGAAUUCUCUUGGAACACACAGUAUUUUUAUAAGUAGGUACUCCGUAUAAUAUUUGCGAGGCCGUAUAUAGGGAGGAGUUUACACCCCCCCCCCUCCAAACACCAGAAUAUUUUUCAAAACUAUUUAUUAUUGUUUUCCGCGGAUAAAUGCUAAUUACGUUUGUUACCACUCCCCCUCCCAUCCCUCGAGUAUUCAGUUGUUUAACUAGCGUCUCUUGAUUAUCUAUAUAAUUAUUGAAUUACAAUAUAUGAACUGAAUAUCUAUAACUAUGGCGGCGGCGAGUUUGUAGCCAACCUAAACGUUUUUCAAAAUUUUAUUAAAAUAAUACAAUCACGUCGAUUUGCGGAUACGCAAUUUACAUCGAUAAUACCCAUAAUGAGAUAAUAUUGUUAAAUAGUUUUACGCGGUUUUGAAAAACGUUAAUUUUCGAUCGAGUUCCGGCAUAAUCGUGUAAUAUUUUUACCAUACAAUAUGAACUGGCAAAGUAAUACGGGUUUGUUUCUAGAUAACCAACCGUUAUCCCUUGUUUUAUUGUUGAGUUCUCGUCAUUUUUCGAAAAAGUUUUCCUCUAUUAAGACGUUUGGAUACGAAUAAUCAUAAUAUUUUUCAAUUUUUUUUCGAUAAUCGAAUAGAAUACAACUGCAUUCUAUUGGUGACGGAAAACGUUUGCUUUUUUUUUUUCUUUUAUUGAACGAAUAUAUAUUAGUUUAAGUGUGGGGGGAGGCGAGGAGGGGCUUGAUUAUCUGCUGAUUGAAUAUUAAAUAAUGUAAACGGGAAUUUAUUUUUUAUUAUGUCAUUUCGGUUUUCGUUUAAUAUUCUAUACCAGGGGUAGCGAACCUUUUUUGGGUGUGCCAAAAUUUAAAAUCAAGUUUUUUAAAAUAUGCUCUCGUGCCAAAAAAAUUAAUUUCACUUGGUAAGAUGAAAAGAAAAAGCAUGUAAUAAUUACAUACAUUUUGUUAGGUACACAUUUAUUUGUAAAAUUUUAUUUCAUUUAUUAAUGUGAUAUCUGUUGUUUUUUAGAAAAUAACAUUUUAAUAUUUGAAGUAUAGUUGGUAGUUUUCAGUGAAACACAAGCAACACAAGUUUCAUCGAUUAAUUUAUUUCUCUGCUUCGUUUUUAUUAAAUUCAUUAUGGAGAAUAAACUUUCACAAUCAUAAGUUGACGAAAAAAUUGAUAGGAUAGAUUGAGCUACUUUUUUAAAUGUAUUAAAUGUGUUUGGAAGUGAGUUCCAGAUUUUAAGAAUUUCAGUAUCUGCAUUUUCUUGAAGACGGUUGAUUUCUAUUUCUUCGAUUAGUUUUCUUAAGUCAAUCAAUUUUUGUUUCCACUUAUUACAGCAUUGAAGAUCAAUUAACUUAACUUAACUUAACUUAACUUAAUUAACUUAUGGUUAUUCGUUUAAUUACGCAUACACAAAUUAACGAAAAUAUAUAAUAAUAAAAAAAGUCAAUAGGGGGGAGGGGGGUUAGAUAAAUAAUUCACAACUCAAAACUCAAAAUAUUAUUUAUACAGGUAAAUAAAUUAAAUUUCACCUUUACAAUCUUCCCAAUUUCUCACUUACAACAUUGGCUUACCCACGUGUGAAGUUAGGAAUUUCGAAUCGUAAUAUUACAGUUUACAACUAAAAAGUUGUAUUGUUGGUACGAACGCGAAAAGCGAUGUAAUAAGCGAAUUAAAACGAUUUACAAUGAACCGUCCUGCGUCUUCAUUGUCACUGUGGACUAUAUAAUCGAAUAUCGGUUUAUAUUCUUAUUUAAUAUCCAUUUUAUAUUUAUAUAAUGUUCUCAACAUUUUCCCUGUAUAGGUAAUACUCGUAUGGACGAGCGCGUAUUGCAAACUAAUUUUAAAGUUUCUAUUGCUCGAUAUAUUCACUGUAACGGCGGGGUGUCAUUGUGAGAUUGAUGUCGAAUUUUAACGUAUCUUCCUAUUUUGUAAGUACAAGACUAAUUUUGACAAACCAUCUUUGUGGUUUUUGACGUGGAAAUAUCAAAAAUAAUUAAUUGAUUGUCAUACUAAAGACUGGAUGGAUGCGUUAAUUUGUACAGACAACAAAUUCAUAAAAAUGCGUUUUCGGGGUUAAGUUAUAUACCUAACUAGUUAUUUCGUAGAAAUUUCGACGAUCACACGAUAUUAUCGUGUGUAUUUUGAGUUUUUGAAUUUCUUUUAAAUAUAUAAAAAAAAAAUGACGGUAUCGAGAAUAUUUCCGUAUUAUCGCUUAAUUCGUCGUCUAAGUGGUUUUUUUUUUAAUUUGAACAUAAGCAAAAUACAAGUAGUAACUAGUACUACAUUUUAGAAUUUAGGUGUGAUGAAGAAGAUAUUGGUUUUACUAAGAUAUUUAUUUAAUUUUUUUUAUACUGUGUACAAAAUGUCUACCAGAAAUCUAGCUUUAUUAGCUCAUAUUGUCCAGAUGAUACUUUUGGAAACUCAUUUUUUGAUUUUACGACCGUUUUUGAAUUAAAAAUUCAUCAGCUUUAUCGAAGUCAAAAUGUAAACUGUGACUGAAUAUGACAAAUUAAAUGACGGAACACAUAGAAAAAAAAAUUACAAAUUGGUCGUUUUACAUAGAAUAUAGAAAUAAUUUAUUUUAAUAGGAAAGAUUUUCAGUAGUCUGGAUUUCACUAAAUUUACAUGAAAUACUUAAAACUAAAAUAGAAUUAUGUAAACCUAAAAAAAAUACGUUAUUACAGAUCCCAUCUUUUUAUCUUGUGUUUCAGAUGAGACCAUGAUAAAUUGGUGUCCGUCCAUAUGGAAUUCGGCCGAGUACAACGUCAUAGUGAUGGGACACGUGUGGCCUCCGGUCUCUGGUUGCGCUGUAAAAAAGGCUGACCAGUUUAAUCUUAAGUUGAUGAAUCCGCAAGGUGGUAUUGGAGGACACUGCUCAUAUAAAGGUAAUGUAUAUAUAAUAUAUUAUUAUCGAUUCCGGUAGACAAUAUAAUAUUGAUAUUAAUCUAAUCGAACAAAUUUGGUUUAACUUCCGGCCACUGAUAUUUUCCGUGUUAGAACCGUACGGUUAUUCUAUAAAUAUUAGAAAUAUUGCAUCAAUUUAACAUUAUUAUAGUAGUUAUAUGUAUUACAGUAGUCUGUAUUAGAGUUAUCUUUAUUUUGGAAAAAAUAGUUUACCAGGUUUUAACCAAGAGAAUAAAUUAAGAAAAACAUCUGUUAACAGCAGAGCUCUGUCAUUACACUUUUUUCCUUCGCCUAUAAUUUGUAUUAUACAAAUAUAAUUUGAAUAUAAUAUAAUAUGAGUUAUAGUAUAAUACAUUACAAUAUUAUACAAAUUGAUACUAUUUUCAAAAAGAGUAAAAUUGUCAAAUUUGAGAGUACAAAUACUAGGGAGGUCACAAGUUUAAAAUCUCAGAAAGCACAUGUUUGUUUUGGCACUAACGCAAUUCAUAUAUUUAAUUCCAAUGGUUUUAUUUGGGGGCCGAUAAGGUCUGUAUAAGCGUUCAAAGCCUGAAAAAUAUACUUUUUCCCACAAAAACAUACUGAAAUUUCGAUUGAAAUUAAAUCGAAAUGUUAACAGUUGGUUUACAGAUUGUAAUUAGAAAUAUCCCACAGUAGCGGAAAAAAACAACCUAUGGGCCUAAAACAUAAAAAAACAGUGUCUAAAUGGGUCUGAAUCAAUUUGAUACCUUUAAAUUUUGCUAGCAUUUUAAAUUUAUGAAAAAAAUUAGGGGCCAGACACCUGCCUUGGGUGGGUAGGUCCGAAGUACGACAUUUGUCUUCACAAUAGUUUUAUGAAAUCGGCACCACUGGGUCGAUCGUUUGCCGCAAUACGAGAAAAAUAUUGAUUAACAGUAUGAUUUUUACACGGUAUUAAUGUAAUAUANGUCACAAGUUUAAAAUCUCAGAAAGCACAUGUUUGUUUUGGCACUUACGCAAUACAUAUAUUUUAUUCCACUGGUUUUAUUUGGGGGCAGAUAAGGUCUGUAGGAGCGUUCAAAACCUGAAAAAUAUGAAAUCGGCGCCACCGGGUCGAUCGUUUGCCGCAAUACGAGAAAAAUAUUGAUUAACAGUAUGAUUUUUACACGGUAUUAAUAUAAUAUAUUGUUCAUAUUUUUUAUCUACAGACGAUUCAGACAUGGUCUCGACUCAUACGGCAUAUGAUUGCGUGACAUCGUGGAAGGCUCCUAGCGUAAACAUCAAUUCGAUUCCAAGCCGCAACUUGUCGUUUGCGUUAAUCCGCAACCAGUCGGCUGCCAAGUUAGGCAUACAGUCAUACCAAUGUGCUGUGAGUAUAUCUCGUCUAUAUCAUAUGUAUUAUAUACAAAAUAAAACCCAUAUUUAAAAACAGUAAUGAAAAUGAAUUUCAACCGUGUCGGUAUAAUAUUUUAGAUUCUAAGCGAAGCAAGGAAUGUUUUGGUUUUACAAUGAUGUUUUUUUACUUGUGUAUAAAUAUAUAUAUAUAUAUAUAUACAUAAACGAGUAUUGUAUGUACCGUGUACAACAAUUCUACAGAAAAUUUUACUCCAAUACUUUUUAGAUUAUGAUAUAUUAUCACCGGGUGAUCGAUCUAUCAUUAAACACUCAUAAUCUCAAAAAGUAUUAAUUUUUCCGGAAUUUGUUUUGAGAACAUUUAAAAAGCAAGGUGAUCUACAAUUUUAUAUUUAUGUUAUUUUUUGUCAUUUCUAUAUUUAAGGGUGAAACCACUUCCUAUUUUUAAUUUUUAAGUAGCAACAUAUAUUAAAAAUUCCAUAAAUAGAGAUGAAGUAUUAAUUAGANUAAUAUAAUGGAAAACAAAUUCUGGAAAAGUUAAUACAUUCGAGAUAACUUGUGUCGUAUGAUAGAUUGAUCACCCUGUAUAUCAAAUGUGACACAUUUUUUAAAUGGAAAUUUUAUCUAAUUGGUACUUAAAGGGAGUUCUUUUGAUUUUCGUUGAUUAAAUAAGUAGUUUUCUACAGUAUUGUAUUUUUAAUAACUGAGCAACAACGUAUGAAGUAAUGAACAAUUUACAAAUAUAAUUCUUUUAUUAUUUUCAAUUAAGUUUUUUCUUUUGUUAUAAUUCUUAUGAGAUGUCUGUAGACUAGAAAUUUGGAAAAAAACCUAUAUUUACCUUUUAUAGACGUGGGAACGUAUUUAAAAUAAUUGAGCCAUUUUUAAACUACUUAAAGACAUUUAAAUUUUGUAAGUUUUUCGGCUAGGUACUCGUGAAUAAAAUUGUUAGACUAAUCAGAACUAUUUGAUAAUUUAAAAUAGGUUCAUUAUAAAUAUUACUUAGUGGAACGGUAUCGUACUUUUAUAGUAGUCAAAAAUAAUGAGUUCAUUGUUUUGUAGAAUUUUUUAUUAGAUAUUAAAAUUCUUUUAAAAUCAAAUUUUGAAAAAAUUGUAAAUAUCACGGGCUUUCAAAAAAUGUGUAACCGAACUCCAUUCAGAAUCGUUAUUCAUUAGCAAUGAUCGUUUAAUUGUUGCGUACUGAUGUAUAUUAAAUUGUCUCUAUAAUAUUCUACUUUCCCAAUUUCUCCCCAACAUCAGUGGCCCCCCUAUUGUGCGCAGUAUGUCCGUCUUUUUAACAUCGAGAAGAAAAAAAUAAAAAUAAAAUUGAUGUUAUCAUUAUAAUACAAUAUAGUUAAUUGAAUCUGUGACGGCGGACGGCACUAAGUUAUUGAUCGCGAUAUCCACGGACGAACAUUGCGACGGAUUAGCGGAUAGAUUAUUAAAACCCUAUGAUCAUCAUGUGAAAGACGGAAAGAUGGUGAUGCUGCUCUACCAGAACGCUCGACAUCCGCUGCAGCCGAUAGACCGUCCGAAGAGAGAGGUUACGGAUGAACAAUGCAGGCAAGUGGUCACCAUAAACCAUAU